GGGCUCAGGAGGUCUUUAGGCGGCAGGCCUGUGGGUUCACAUCCUAGCAGUAAUAAGCUAGAGAGGGGAUUCCACAGUGGUUUUUGCCAGCGCCAGCAUGCCCGUGGUGGAAGGGGCUUCCCAUGGUGGCCGUCACCAGCGUCCCGUGUCAUGGUGAGCACUAGCUGCCUCCUGCCUCCUCAGGAACGUCUCCGAGAUCAGCAGAUGGGUCUGACCCAGGAUUUUUUCAAAUGGUUGCUUCUGCAGUGGGUCCUGGAGUGUGUGGAGUUUUGUGUGUGCCCUUUAUUUCCCACAGCCCUGGUUCUCCUAGAAGCCCCGCUGGCCUUCACAGCCGAUGUUCGGGGACUCGUCUUCCCAGAGCAGGGCCUCUGGGCUGGGGAGCCAGUGAGGGGCUCUGGCCCUUGCUCCCUGGGAAGCAGCUCUGCAGUUGUGAAUUAGUCCUUCCCCGCCUUUGGGGCUUGUCCACCCAGGAGUGUGGGCCUUGACUGUGCUGCAUCUCAUACCUCUUACCUGUCUUGCUGUGGCUCCCUCUUAUAAACUUAAUUGUAGGAGAUCUUUUCUGCUGGUCUUCUGUUUUGUUUGUUUUUCUUUAAUAGUUUCUCUGUAAGUAGUUGUAAUUUUGUUGUUCCCCCAAAAUAACAUGCUUUUUGACUCUAGCAUUCACUCUAGUGAACUUAUUUCUUACUUGAUGAUUAAAUGAAUGUUUCUAAACUUCCAUCUCAACAUUUUACUUUGUGGAUGAUUUAGAAAACAUAUAUACCUUAGAAGAAUAUUAGUGGUAAGAUAGUGACAUUCUAAAGUAUUCUAAACAACUAGCAAAAACAAUUAUUGAAGACUUUUAUGCAUUGGAGAAGGAAAUGGCAACCCACUCCAGUGUUCCUGCCUGGAGAAUCCCAGGGAUGGGGUUGCACAGAGUUGGACAUGACUGAAGUGACUUAGCAGCAGCAGCAUAUGUCCUUAUAUCUAGAAGUUAUCCACUCUCAAGUAGCCAGCAAACCCUUUGUUUGGAUUGUGUAAAUUCCAGAUAGAGUUCAGAAAUUGGAAUACAAGAGAGCUACAAGUCCAAGUAGAACAGAGGUCAUUGGAUGACCUUUAGAUGACUGCCUUCUAAAAUAAUAGUUCAUCGUUGGUCUUCAGUAGCCAAAUUCAGUAUGUUAAAAAAUCCACUUGGGAAAGAAAAAGACACUGAAGCUGUAAAACAUGCAGUUUUGAAAUCCCGUUGACUACAUUCAGGAUUCAGCAUAUACUGAUUCAGGAAACUUAAUACUGUACUUGGUAUUAAAACCACGUUAUGAUUUUCUGGAACCAGACUUUCUAAUCAAGUUUGUACUUGUGGGUUUCACAGAUAGCCAUUAAAAUGUAUGUUCAAAAAAACCCCAAAAGAACCCAGUCUGUCUUAUACAGGGCUUUUUAAAGAAAUACAAUAUGUAAAACAUAUUAUGUGAUAAGGCAAAAUUUGUUUUAUUUUAAUAUAGCUCGCGCUGAAAGGCUCUAGCUACAGUGGACUGCUUGAGCGGCAUCAUAUUCACACCAAAAAUGUAGAGCACAUUCUCGAUAGUUUACGGAAUGAGGGAAUUGAGGUUCGUCUCGUAAAGAGGAGAGAAUAUGAUGAGGAAACUGUUCGAUGGGCAGAUGCUGUCAUAGCGGCAGGAGGGGAUGGCACAAUGCUUUUGGCAGCAAGUAAAGUCUUGGACAGACUUAAACCAGUUAUUGGUGUAAACACCGACCCAGAACGGUCUGAGGGUCAUUUAUGUCUUCCUGUUCGAUAUACGCAUUCCUUCCCAGAAGCCUUACAGAAGUUCUAUCGUGGUGAGUUCAGGUGGUUGUGGAGGCAGCGAAUUAGGUUAUAUCUUGAAGGAACUGGCAUCAACCCUGUUCCUGUGGACCUCCAUGAACAGCAGCUGAGUUUGAAUCAGCAUAGUAGAGCCUUCAACAUUGAAAGAGUUCAUGAUGAAAGGUUCGAGGCUUCUGGACCCCAGCUUUUACCAGUCAGAGCACUUAAUGAAGUCUUCAUUGGGGAGAGUUUAUCAUCCAGAAUGUCUUAUUCUUGGGCUGUAGCAGUGGACAAUUUAAGAAGAAGUAUACCCACUCUAAAGGGACUGGCUUCCUACUACGAGAUUUCAGUUGAUGAUGGUCCAUGGGAAAAACAGAAGAGCUCUGGGCUCAAUUUGUGUACUGGAACAGGAUCAAAGGCCUGGUCAUUCAAUAUUAAUAGAGUGGCACCUCAGGCUGUGGAAGAUGUUCUAAAUAUUGCAAACCGACAAGGAAAUUUAAGUCUUCCGUUGAACAGAGAAUUGGUAGAGAAAGUAACAAACGAAUAUAAUGAAUCAUUGCUCUACAGUCCAGAAGAACCAAAAAUACUUUUCAGUAUUCGAGAACCAAUAGCAAACAGAAUUUUCUCGAGCAGUCGUCAGCGUUGUUUCACCUCAAAGGUGUGUGUGCGUUCUCGGUGUUGGGAUGCAUGCAUGGUUGUGGAUGGAGGAACUUCCUUUGAAUUUAAUGAUGGAGCCAUUGCUUCAAUGUUGAUCGAGAAAGAAGAUGAGCUUCGAACUGUGCUUCUAGAGCAGUGAAGGAUUGCCUCAGAUGACCAUUUUGAUUGCCAGAGAAAUAGUUUUACUGCAGAAACAGCCUACCAGUCAUAAAGCUACAGUUUUUGGUUGUUGUUCAGACUGCUUGGCCUUGGGCUGAAAGGCAACCAAGAAAGUGAGAUUUGCAUUAUUCUUCUGAUGGAUUCUGAUGGAAAAGAUGUUCACUGUGUAAGAAAAUGGAGGACUAAACUGAUGAGAAUUCAUAACAGUGAAAUUUUGAUACUGCUUGCAGUUGGUUUCCAAGAGUGCUGGUAUCUUUAUAAAUUGAGAGAGGUAGGGCGCAAAUAAAAGAUUUAAUGUUUAGGAUUUGAAAUUUAACUGUACAAGUUUUUUUUUUUUUCCUUCCUUUUCCUCCUCACUUUGUGGAAUUGGUCAGACCAAACACAUCUCAUUUGAUUAGUAUUUUUUUUAUAGUACCUAAAGAUCAAGAUUUUUUAAAAAAACUUUGAUGGAGAAUUUUGAUAAAUCCUGACAUUGACCUAAUUGAAGUAGGUAAAUGUGUUUUUAUAUAUCUGCCAAGAGUUUUCUAAUUUCAGAACACAAUGAUAUUGUUAUGACUAUUGAUUUAAAAAGUUCAAUCAUUUUUGAAGUUAUUUAUGGAUGUUUUCAUUUAAUUGACUAUCAGGUUAAUUUUGAAAAUGUUGGGUGAAAUAUAUACAGACAAAAUCAUGGCUCUAUUACAAAUGUAUUAGCCAAUAAUUAUUUUAGGUCUUUGGUAAUUUUUUUGUAAUGAUUUGAGGCUGGUAAAGUUCUUCCAUAUUUAAAACUCUCUAACAUGGAUUUAAAGACUAAAAGGAUGAACUGAUUAGGCACAUUCUAUUAUGAGUUUGGUAAAACCUAUAAAAAUUUUCAUCUAGUGUUAGGAGUAUUGUCAGAAAGAAAGUGGACUGUUUAAUAAAUAUGCAAAACAUUUUAGUUUUGGACUUGCCUUACUUAUUAUCAUGGUAGUUUUCACCUAGCUCAUAUUCCAAGUUUUACACAUUAGAUUUGGAGGAUAAAAUGUUGUGGCUUUUCUUUUUUUCCCAUUAUGACAGUUUCUUUACCUAAUUCCCACUUUACUUAUAAGUAAUCCUAGAAUUAUCACAAAAAGUUCCUCUUGCUGCAUCAUGAGACAAUUGGUAUUCUUAUUCCAGUUAUUCAAAAUUGUAUUUUUUUUUCCCACUUGCUGUUAAAAAUUUGUCUUCAAUCACUGAAAUAUUUAUUGAACACCGACUCUGUGCCAUAUACUGUGUUGGGUGCUGGAUGUACACUGGUGAUCUGAACAGCCGCUAUCCUGAUAGAACUGAAUCUGGUGAGCUCAGAAGUAGCUUCUGUGAAAACUAGGAUGUGUAAUUAAACCAAGUGCUCUUAGUUUUGGCAACAUUUAUCAUGUUCUUGUCAGAUUUUUUUAAGUACUAUUAUUAUACAAAGAUAAUCUUAGGUUUUGAUGUAUAUCCAGAACAAGAAUUUGUUUUUCUUAGUUGAGAGUAACUGCAUAGAUACUACUCACGAGGAGUUUACAUCAUGCAUACAAUAAAAAUUGGUGUUUUCCCAGAGAUGGAUCUAGUUUCUGGUUUGAUUUAAUAAUGAUAUACUUAAGAUACCACUUUAAAAGAAGUAAAAUUCCACACUAUAGAAACUCCCUAACAGGUUUAAAAUACCUUUUUGACAAAAAUGCCAACUCCAUCUUUAAUAUCAUGGAAAUCUGAUUGUCCAAAAUGGUACAUAGAUCUGUUUAAUAUGUAAUAUAUUAAUAGGUAACCUGCUGUGUAAAAUUGUUUAUAAGCCAUAAUUUAAAGGUUUAAAAACUACUUAAUGUGCUCCAUUUGUGAUAGAACCUCUAACAUUUCUGACCAGUUGUGGGAUUUAUUUGUACGAGAUGACGAGAGGCAAAGGUUGUUAGAAUAGCAAAAAUGUUCUUAUGAAUGAGUUCCUUUUAAUGGCAACUACAUGUGAAUAAAAGUAAACCAUUGUUAUCUUUUC